AACAAAUAGUCAGUUAUAUAUAUCACUAUUAUAUUAUUAUAUUUAUCCACUUAAGGUAGUUCCUGGGGUAAAGCCGAGAGGUAGACUGGGAAAGACUUUGCAGAAGGUAAUAACAACAGACUUGAUACAGAGAGACUUAGAUCUAACACAGUCUAGAUCAGAUUGAAAAAGUGUCAUUAAUAUCCAACCCAUGCUAGCAUGAAAAACGAACAUUAAGCUAAGAAUGAUAAUGUAAUGAUGAUAAUUAUUUGAGAAAUUAUAUAUGCAGUACAAUGCAGCAUGUACCAUUAAUAAAUUUAACAACUUGCCCUCCAAAUAAAUCUUUUCAAAUAAAAUUAUAUCUUGCACUUUGUGUAGGAGACGUAGGGGUUUGUUUCUCCUCAGCGGCAAAUCAAUAUGGUAAGUAGGUAGAGAUGGUAACAAAUUGUGUUCUCCCAGAUAAAUAAGAUUUAAACCAAUGCAACUCCUCUGAUUCCAUAGUGAUGUAAUUUUGAAAUAAGGAUAAUGUGGUCAACAAUAUCGAAGGCUUUUUGAAGGUCAACAAAUACUCCACAGGCAAGGUUGCCAUCAUCAAGAGCUUCCUGAAUGCGUUCUGUGAUCUUAAAAAGGGCAUUAGAAGUUAAAUGAGCUUUACGAAACCUGAAGUGUCGAUCAAAGAGAAUAUCAUGGGCGUUGAGAAAAUUCAUAACACAGGUGUACAUAAGUUUUUCAAGGAUUUUCUCAAUGUUGGAAAGAAGUGAGAUGGGUCUGUAAUUUGAGUCAAGAGGAGACCUUUUAUUUUUGAAAACAGUUGUAUACCUGGAGGAUUUUAGCAAUUAAGGAAAUGAUCUUGUUAGAAAUGUAAGAUUGAAUAGAAAAAGGAAGGUCUGGAUAUGCUAUGCUUAAUGAGUUCAAGAAUUUGGAAAGGAAUGCUAUGUGGACCUGAAGAUUUUUUGUGAGAAAAAGAAUAGAAUGAUUGACAGGAUCAGAAAAGAUAGAAUUAGGAUUGGAUUGAGGUAGCAUGGGUAGUGGAACGAGUUAGACCAACUUGAACUGAAUUUGCAAUAAACGUAAAAAAAUAAUUGAAACCAUUUGCUACAAGUGUUGGGUCAGAUUUCAGAGAGUAAGGGAAUGUUACUGGGUUAACCCCAGCCAAGUAAGAGAAAUGGGAGAGAUAGCAUGCUGUUUGGACCAUUGGAUGGUACAGGGAGUUGUCUGGUAGGUUGUGGAUCAUAAUUGAGUAUCAUAGCUCAAAAAGAGCAUAAAAUAAUUCAGUACUUCCCAUUUAAGCUAUGGUCCUUCUUAGAAAUAGUAGACAGGGUAUGUCCCCAAAUAUUUGUGGGGCUAGUCAUCCAUCCAUCCAUCCAUCUAUCUAAUUUAGCUUAUUUCUACUAUACUAUCCGUAAGCUUAAAACUACAGUUAAAACCUUGAAAACAGUGAUGAUAUAAAACAUGUAUAAUUUGGUAAUACUAUAUAAUGUCUUUUAGGUUAAAAUUUAGGUUUUAUGAUAUUUGUGUAGUUUAAAACAUUCAAGAAAUGGAUGCAAAGAAAAAUGACAGAACUCCUUUGUUAGGAGAAAAUUCAAACCGUAAACACUAUUCUAUAAAUUGCUUUGAUGACGAAUCACUUGAUCGAUCAGGUGAGUAUGAUGACUUGUGUGCCUCUAUCAAAUCAACUGGAUCCCAUGUAAGCCGUACUGCUCUAGCAGGAGGGUUGGAUACAGGUGAAGAAGGCACAUCAAACGUUGAAACCAUGAUCCACUUGUUUAAGGGAAACAUUGGAACUGGUAUUUUAAGUUUACCAUCGGCUAUAAAACACGCUGGUUUAAUCGCUGGACCUGUUAUACUGUUACUAGUUGCAUUCAUGGCAGUUCACUGUAUGCAUCUUCUGGUGCGUUGCUCUCAUUACUUUUGUAAAAAAAUAAAAAGGGAAGCUCUUUCUUAUGGUGAAGUUGCCAACGAAUGUUUCAAACCAGCUUUGGGUUCGAGAUCGAAAUAUGCAAAAACAGUGAUUAAUACAUUCCUAGUAGUGACGCAGUUGGGAUUCUGUUCUAUCUAUUUUGUGUUUGUUGCAUCAACAAUUGUUGAAGUAGCUGGUUUGGAGCACAAACUCGACCAAAGAAUCGUCAUCAUUUGUUUAGCCGUCCCCGUCAUCUUCUUUUCCUACAUACGUAGUCUUGAAAAAUUAGCCUAUUUAUCCGUCGUCGCGAAUAUUUGCUGUGUUUUUGGACUAAUCGUAGUGUAUCAGUUUCUAGCAAGAGAUUUGAAGGAUCCGAAGACGCUUCCGUAUUUCGCUGGCUGGACUGAUUUACCAAUGUUUUUGGGGAUGGCUAUUUUUUCAUUCGAAGGGAUUGGAGUGGUUUUACCGUUAGAGAACGAAAUGAAAAAGCCUGAAGAUUUCGACUGGGUGCUUAAUGUGGGCAUGAGCGUGGUCACUUUUAUGUUUAUAUCGAUGGGUUUGCUUGGUUAUUUAGCUUUUGGUGAUGCAGUUGAAGGCAGUGUGUCGCUAAACCUGCCAGACACAUGGUUGUAUGACUUGGUUAAAAUCGCGUACGCCCUUGCCAUGUUUUUAACAUACUUUCUUCAGUUUUAUGUGCCCAUUCAGAUCAUGUUACCUUCUGUGUUGAAUAAAUAUCAGAAACGACAUGGUUCAUGUUUUGAAUAUUCGUUUCGAACUUUCCUUGUAUUGCUGACAAGUGCUUUGGCGGCCAGCAUACCUCAACUUGAUAAUUUCAUCGCACUUAUCGGAGCAGUUGCAAGUUCUGGUCUAGCGAUUAUCUUUCCUCCCUUGUUUCAUAUCCUGACUUUCCGAAAAAAUGGUCUAACAAUACUCGAGCUUAUAAAAGACAUUUUUAUUAUAUCUGUUGGUGUAAUCGCGUUUGCUGUGGGAGGAUACACAGCUGUUACGAAUAUCGUCAAAGGAUUUGACAGCAGCAAUCCGAAAGGUCUACACAACGCAAGUAUCCAUGAUAACCAUACUAAAUCAUUCAAUCAGAUAUUUCUUCAUUCACUCCAUUAAGCAGGUUCAAAUCGUAAAUCUGAAGAUUUUGGUGUUAUUUUAUUAACCUUUCUGAGACUAAACAAGAUGUGGGUUACUUUGUAAACUCAUAAUUAUAUUCCGUUAUACUUUUUUGUGCACUUGUCCUGCUCUCUCAUGUUCUUGCUAAGUUCCCUGGUGGAAAUAACCGAAAAACCGCUUUAUUAGAUGGAAAUCAGUCUUUUGUGACAUUUUCGGGAUUAUUAGAUGUAGCUACUAGCAAGUGAUGAGGGUGUAAUCUUCAGUGAUGAGGGCGUGAUCUUCAGUGAUGCGGGCGUAAUCUUCAGUGAUGAGGGCGUGUCAAGCAACUCUGCGGACGUAAAGAGUAAAUGAAAAUUCUGUGACAAGCCCUUAGUACGGAAAUAUUUUAAUGACUUAAAAUAUGUUUUAUUGUUAAAAAUAGUUGUUUAUAUUUUAAUAUUAAUUUGAUACUUCUAUAUAACUAAAGGAUUUUUCUACGUUUUAUAGAAUAAAAGAAAAUGCAACGAA